CUCAUGUUUCCGUGGUCACCGUGAGAUUGGUUCGCCGUCGGUUUCCUGCAGCAGUAAGAAGAGCAGCGUCGAGACAAACUGGGAAGACUCAACACCACCACCUCCAAUAACUAUACUGUACAAUGAAACUAAUAGCAAUAUCUCCCUCUCUCGACAUUCGCUUCGUCACGGUUGUACUGCUGGUGAUGGGCCUCUCUACUCCUGGACAAGCAGAAAUCACCAGUCUGGAUUCAGCCAACAUUGAUGACGUCCUAAAUAAUGCUGGGGUGGCAUUAGUCAAUUUUUACGCAGACUGGUGCAGGUUCAGUCAGAUGCUCCAUCCAAUUUUUGAGGAGUCGUCUAACAUAGCGAGGGAGGAGUUCCCUGAAACCAAGCAGGUGGUGUUUGCCCGUGUCGACUGUGACCAACAUUCGGACAUAGCCCAGCGGUACCGCAUCACCAAGUAUCCAACAUUGAAGUUGUUCCGCAAUGGGAUGAUGAUGAAGAGGGAGUACAGGGGUCAGAGGUCAGUGGCGGCCAUCGCCGAUUUCAUCCGCCAGCAGCAGGUCGACCCUGUGAAAGAGAUACACUCAAUGGAGGAGGUUAAUACUCUGGAUAGGAGCAAGAGAAACAUCAUAGCUUACUUUGAAAAUAGGGACUCCGAUAACUACCACACAUUUGAAAAAGUUGCCAACAUCCUUCGAGAUGACUGCACGUUCACGGCUGCCUUUGGAGCCGUAUCUGAGGCCGAGCGCUUCAGUGGAGACAAUAUCAUCUACAAGCCUGUGGGGGAGGGCGUGCCUGACAUGGUCUACCUCGGCUCACUCACCAACUUCGACCUGACCUACGCAUGGGCCCAGGACAAGUGUGUGCCUCUGGUCAGGGAGAUCACCUUUGAAAAUGGAGAGGAGCUGACUGAAGAAGGAAUUCCUUUCCUUAUCUUGUUCCAUGUUAAAGAAGACACAGCAAGCUUAGAGAAGUUCCAGCAUGAAGUGGCUCGCCAGCUCAUCAGCGAGAAAGGGUCUAUAAACUUCCUGCACGCGGACUGCGAGAAGUUUCGCCAUCCUCUGCUCCAUAUCCAGAAAACCCCUGCUGACUGUCCCGUCAUCGCUAUAGACUCAUUCAGACACAUGUAUGUCUUUCCCGACUUUAAAGACCUCAAUAUCCCUGGCAAGCUGAGACAGUUUGUGUUGGACCUUCACUCUGGAAAGCUACACCGAGAGUUUCACCAUGGCCCUGACCCCACAGACAGCACGCCCGGACAGGAGGAGAUGGGAGGAGAAGUGGCCAGCAGCCCCCCAGAGAGCUCGUUCCAGAAGCUGGCACCCAGCGAGACUCGCUACACCAUCCUCACACGAGACCGUGACGAGCUGUGACCUCAACAGCCUUCCAGUGAUCCUGUGACUCAAUGCCACGCCCCAGAGUCAGGGAGGGGGUUCGGGUUGGGACAGGCCAGCGGGACAAAACAGCAACACCCAACACCCUUACUGAAGAGAGAGAGAGAAGAGCAGGAGAAUGAAGAGGAAGAAAGAUGAGAAAAAGAACAGGAGGAGAAGAGAGGAGUUCAGUCCACGACACAACCAUGUUGGAAUAACCUAUAUUUUCAUAACUCUUUCACGUACAAUUUUUAUUUUGGAUCAAAUGGAAGGGGGGUAAAGAUGAAAAUGUGUGUGGGUUAGGGGCAUUAGGGCAUCAAGAGAAGUGUUUUUACUUUUAUUUUUUGGAGCUUGUAAAUAUGUUUGUGCUACAUGGGAGUCUCAUUGUUGGUCUAAAUUAAAUGCAGAGUUUUCUUUAUUUUAUUUUUCUUUUACAUUACCCAGCUUUUUGUAGUAAAAAAACCAGAACAGUUCCCUCACUCCAGUUGUACGGUUCUUAUCUGUGGGUAGUCCAGUUCAGCCUGUCUAAUAGGAGACGCUUGUUUAGUCUCCGACCUCAUGGCUGCAUCUCAAUAUGACCAACUCUAGUCUAAUUCAUUUGUAUAGUACAAGUUAUAACAAUAUGGCUGUUUGAAGUAGCUGUAUCUCCAUAUCUUCUCCCCACACGGAGUCCUGAAGGAAUAGAAAAAUAUUUUUAAAUGCUUGGUAGGGCUAACAUAAUUUUAAACAUAACUUUAACAGAAGAUAAAGAGACAGAGCUACUCCAGCCUAUUGAGAUGCACCCAUUCUCUCCCUGGUACUUAAUGGUUAUGGAUUAUAAUGUCUCUUACAGUGCUUAUAAAAAGUAUUGCCCCCUCAGACCUUUUUAUGUGUCACUGUUUUACAACACUGAAUCACAGUGGAUGUAAUUAGGAUUUUAUUUAUGUCAACAAUCAACAGAAAAUACUGUCCAAGUGAAUGAGACCUUCUGGCCAUCAUUCUAAAUUCUGUGUUAAGUAUAAGCCUAAAACUACAUGACACCAAAACACAUCAUCCCUAUCAUGAAGCCUGCUGGUGGCAGCAGCAUGCUGUGUGGAGGCUUCUCUGCAGCGGGCCCUGGGCGGCUUGUGACGGUAGAAGUUAUAAUUGAUGCAGCAAAGUACAGAGCAAUAUUGGUAUAUUAAAAAAAAAAAAAUACAACUAUAGAUGUAUAUUUUACAGCAAGACAACCU